AUGGCUACUAGCAGCAGGCUUACAACCCUUGCAAUUCUUCUUCUGCUUAGCGUUGGUGUUUGCCUCUCUUUUGGAAGGUCUUCCAAGGAGAUUGGCGGGUCAAAAUCGGCUCUUAUUUACCCCCCACCACCAAGCAAUAAUAGUCUAGGGGUAGGAGAUGGUGGAGGCAAUAGCAAUGGUGGCAAUAGUGGCACCGGUGUUGAUGGUGAUGGUAGCAGUGGAGGAGCAGUCAAUGGAGGCAAUGACAGUGAUGGCGGCAGCGGAGUAGUUGGUGGAGGUGACGGAAAAGGUGGUGACGGUAGCAGCGGAGGAAAUGGUUGUAAUGGUGGAAAUGUAGGAGCUGAUAGUGGCAAUGGUGGUGCAAAUGGAGGAGCUGAUGGCAAUGGUGGUGGAGGUAAUGGUACAAUUGGAGGGGGUGAUGGUGGGGCCGAUAGCGGCAGUGGAGUUGGCGGUGAUGGUAGCAAUGGAGGAGGUGAUGGCAACAAUAGCGGUACCGGAGGUGUUGGCAACAGAGGAGUUGGUGCACCCAUUGCAGGCGGAAGCGACGGCGGAGGAGUUGGUGCACCCAUUGCGGGAGGAAGUGACGGAGGAGCAGAUGGUGGAGUUGGAGGUGAUGGUAGCGGCAAUGAAGGAUAUGGCGGUGGCAAUGGUGGUGGGGUUGAUAGUGUCGGCCAUGGCAGUGGAGGUGAUGGCCGCUAUUGA